UUUCACUCAACAAAAACUCAUCAGUGUAGAUAUCUACUAUACAAUUACCUAUCAAAAAACUCAAGCCAGAGCCAUCCCACUUCUCUUCGAAGGGAGGAAGCAAGUAUUCGCAUAAGAUACAUUUCCGUAGUUAUUAUCGUCAACUGACAUUUUCAAUUUUUACUUACUUUUGGCCAUAAAUCCGUCUAGAGUCAAGAGUCCUUCAUUAUUAGCAUCAACAUCCUGUACAUACUUGUGUCUUUGUUAUUUUCCAUACAUAUUAGAAUAAAUAGUGUCCGUGUCUUUUCCUUAGAUUUUUAGCACAUAUAGAUCGUGUCUUUGUAGUCCAAAAAAGAACAAAAAUAUGUCGGUGUCCGAGUCUUUACCAUCUUCUUCGUCUGUGUCUCGUCCGUGUAAAUCCUUAGGAAAAAUAAACAUGUCUCCUACUCUUAGUAAAACUCCGUCAUGCAAAUAUGAAUAUCUUUAUGAAGUAGAUGUGUUACCACCUGAAAAUAAAAUUUCUUCUACAUAUCUACCUCUACUAAAGAAGGCAUGCAAUCCAUGGAUGCAAAUCCAUUCUUUAGUCCAACAAAAUCCAAAGGGAGUCAAAGAAUUCAUUGCUGCAUCAAAAAUUGACCAGCACUCUAUUCUUGUGACUCAGGAGGAACAAUUCAUCACUCAACAGAUGCCGGAGGAUUUUCCUCGACAGUGGAAAAGCCAAGGCUUCACCCAUAUCCAUUUUGGUGUCGUCAGAGUUGCAUUUAUGUAUCACGGAAGAAAAGGGAAGCCAGUAGUGGCACGUCUUUCCCUUCUAGAUACUAGAUACAACGAGUACCAACAUGCGAACUUGGGUAUGUUGAACAUCACACUGAAUGCCGGGACAAUCUUUGUCACUAUAUAUCCCAACUUCAACAUGUUCCUCUCUUAUCCCUAUCUAACAGAGGCGCUGAAGAUCCAGGUUCAAAUCCUUGGAGCCCCGCAAGUUAGAGAUGCCAUACAUGCAACUCUCCACUAUCAGUUAGCUUGGCGAGUUCAGAACCAUGCUAUGGACCUAUCUCUUCCAGGUGGCAAAAAUUCUUUAUUACUAAAUGUAGAUGCCACCAAUGGAACCACACAGUGUGCCCAGAUCCCGAGGCAAAUAUCAAGAGAAGAACUUGUCAAAAUUCUUCCAGACUCGUGGUUGACAAAUUAUGAGAAGUUUAGAGACCAUCAUCAACCUCUCCAGUCCACCGAAUCCACUUUUAUCAAAAAGAACGACAAGACAGUUACUGUAAGCUUUGACUACUCUCAUCUCAAGAAGCCCCAUAAAACAACCUUCUCUAUCCAUAUGUACCAACCUUACGAUGACCAUCCAUAUGAGAAGAACCUGGAAACCAUAAAAUAGUUUCUCUCGAGUUUCAUGAGCAAACAUGAUUGGAUCAAAGAAUUCGGUCAUGAUGGGCGCAUCGUUUAGUGGUUCAAGUGUCCUUUCACGGGACACUGCCCAUGGGAAAUUGACUGUGCUUGCAAAGGUUGUCUGGAGGAUGAUGAGGAAUGGGAUGCAUACUGUCUCGCCGAAGCUAAAUCAGAAAAUAUGAAAUGGCAAGGAAACUCCGAAAGGGAAUUCAAGAAAAGUUACAAUGAAGGGGACCCAUCUAUUGGUUCUCUUAGCUGUCCGGGAAAGUAUGAAUUCCUCGUAUCAUACAAGCUCUAAAAUUGGCCAAACUCACCCACCCCUCCACAAAUAAAACCAUCCAGCCCAAAAGAGAGCCUGAACCCAAUAUGUUAUGAGCUAAACUGGCAAUCUAAAAAGGGAAAAAUACAUAUGUUAGCAUACCUAAGUAUUAAAUUACAAAAAAUAGAAACACUUUUUGCUAAUUACCUUGUGUAGCAGUUGUAGCAUUAUUUUAAGUGGGGGACCACAAUUACCGCAUCUUAAAAGCAGGUUCCAUUAUUUAUGCUUAAAACUUUCUCUUUCCUUUAAUUGUUUAUACUUUACCAUUUUUCAUGCUUCUUAUCAGAUUUUCUCUUUCAAAAUUUUUCCUUGUUAACAUCUUUUCCACGAUUAUUGUUCCACAAUUUCAGGUAAAUAAUUAAUUCAGUUAUUGCAUGUUAUCAAUUUCUCAAUAUAUAUAUAUUUUUUAAUUUUGUUCUUUAAACAAUUUCUCCAUUUCAUUUUUAAGGUUUUGAUUUUUGUAGUUGUUAACGGAGAAUCAAGGUCAGUGAAUUUGCUGAAUUUUGUUUUGUUUGUUUUUCAGUUAAAUUUGAUAUUUUAUGAGUUGAUAUAGUUGAAAAAAUUAAAUUUUGGAUGAGAAUUGGAACUGGAUUUUGUGCGAUAAAUGGAGGAUAAUCGGAGUUGAAUGAAUGUUGUAGAUGAUUUUGGGUUGAUUUAUUGUUGUUGUUGUUUAUUUUUUUUUUUGAAGAUAGCUGAUAUUUUGAAGAAAAAAGUGGUUGAAAAAAGUUUCUUCUCCAAAAGACGAACAAAUAAAAAAAAUAUGAGAAGAAAAGAAAAGCAAAAGAAAUUGAAAAGUCAAACAAUGUUGAUGACGAUGUUGAGAACUCUUUGUGCUAAUGAAUCUGAAGAAGACAUAGAGGAAGAGUUGUUCUGGCUGAGAUACAAAAAUUAGCUGAGAUUAUCCCAUUGUGUCCCAAGCUUGUAAUUUCUACGAAAAGAAAGGGACUGUGGUCUGUAUAUGGUAACAUACGCAGAGUGUCUUUCUUAUGGUAAAAGAGUUCCUUUGAUUGAGGUCAACCCCAACACACUUCGUACAUGUUAUGCUGCACUAUUGUGGGAUAUGACAUGAGAAAAUAAGAAGCAAAUGCUCAAAGCGAUGUCGAAGCACCCUUGAGGCCUGGCAGACAAAGUCGAAUAACUAGUGUCACUGAAGUUUAGAAAUAUGAUGAUUGUUGAAUUUAUUACAUUGGAUAGUCGACAAACUGGUGUAUGGAUGUUUUUUUUUUGUACAAACUUAUUUCAUGUUUUGAAGUGUUUAAAUGUUACUUAUUUUGAAGUGAAUGAAAGUAAUUCAUUUCUGUUGUAUAAGUUGAAUAUGUUUUCAACAAUUUUGUACUAUGUGUUUUACUUCAGUGUUCAAUA